UGGGCACAAAAGACGGUACAAUCGGCCCUGGCUUCGGACGGCCGGAAGGCGAUGGUGAUGACCGUCUCAUGCACAUGCUCAACGAGGCAUCAUACUCCACCAAGACACCUGGACAGCAGAACAACGACGAUUCCAGAAGUAAUGAGGACUCCAGCUCACCUCGGACACAGUGCCCUUCGCCAUUCUCUAAUAAGGAUUCGAGUCAAAACAAAAGACUGAAAAAAUACGAGAACGAUGACAUUCCUCAGGAGAAGGUGGCGCGGAUCUACCAGGAGGAGCUGGCCAAGAUCAUGACCAGGCGAGUGGAGGACGUCCGCCACAGUCGCGAGGGGUUCCCAGGCGGCGGCAUGCCACCGCACAUAGAGCGGCCGCCCGAGGACAUCCGCAUGGCAUUAGAAGCCUACCACAGAGAGCUGGCCAAAAUCCAGCCCGGUGCCAACAUUCCCAACCUCCACAACUUGCCAACGAUGCCUCCGUUCCCUAACCUCCUCGCCCUGCAGCAGCAGGUCAUGCAGCAAGCUCAAAAUCACCACAUGAACGGCUCUGGUGCAGUACAGGACCUCUCUCUACCUAAGGACAAAAAUGCCAAAAUUAAUGGAAUGACUGAUAGUGAUAAGGAUAGGCCAUUAGAUGCUGAAGAGGCUAUAAGACAUGCGGGAAGUGCAUUCUCAUUAGUCAGGCCGAAGUUGGAGCCUGGACAACAAUCCACAGGGUCAUCUGCGUCCAGCCCGCUCGGAAACGCCAUACUUCCGCCUGCGAUUACCCCCAACGAGGACUUCAGUAGCUCAGCUGCAGCGAGCCCUCUGCAACGGAUGGCAUCCAUCACAAAUAGUCUUAUUUCACAGCCAACGAAUCCUACUCAUCACGCACCGCCACAGCGCUCCAUGAAAGCAGUUCUUCCACCAAUCACUCAGCAACAAUUCGAUCUCUUUAAUAAUUUAAACACAGAAGACAUUGUAAGGAGAGUGAAGGAAGCUCUUAGUCAAUACUCCAUCAGCCAAAGACUGUUCGGCGAAUCGGUGUUAGGUCUAUCUCAAGGGUCCGUCAGUGAUCUGUUGGCGAGGCCAAAGCCGUGGCAUAUGCUCACACAGAAGGGCCGGGAACCGUUCAUUCGCAUGAAGAUGUUCUUGGAAGAUGACAAUGCUGUCCAUAAAUUAGUCGCGUCACAAUACAAAAUUGCGCCUGAGAAGCUCAUGAGGACUGGCAACUAUAGCGGAGCACCUCCAUGUCCGCCCAACAUGAACAAGCCGAUGCCUCCUACGCAAAAGAUGCUCUCCGAUGCGACCUCUUUACUUAGCAAAAUGCAACAAGAACAGCUUCUGGGGCCUGGGGCUCAUCUGGGCCAUUUGGGCCAGCCGACUCCUCUACUCCUAACGCCCCCUGGUUUCCCUCCACACCACGCUGUAACGAUACCGCCGCAGCACCACGACAACAACAACAAGGAGAGAAAACCACCACCUCCACCUCAGCCGCACCACCAACCACCAAUAAUGCGCAAUCUUCCUCAGCAUAUAUCUCCCAGUGUAUACGAAAUGGCAGCUCUAACGCAAGAUUUAGAUACGCAAACGAUAACUACAAAAAUCAAGGAGGCAUUGCUUGCAAAUAACAUCGGACAGAAGAUUUUCGGCGAAGCUGUACUAGGUUUAUCACAAGGGUCGGUCAGUGAACUGCUGUCCAAGCCGAAACCUUGGCACAUGCUCAGUAUUAAAGGUCGGGAGCCUUUCAUCAGAAUGCAACUAUGGCUCAGCGACGCCCAUAAUAUAGAUCGUUUACAAGCCUUGAAGAAUGAGAGAAGAGAAGCUAAUAAACGACGACGGUCGAGCGGUCCUGGACAGGAUAACUCCUCCGACACGUCCUCUAACGACACAUCCGAAUUUUACCACUCCAGUUCGCCGGGACCAACAUCAGGCGUGCCUUCAGCGAAGAAACAACGCGUUCUAUUUUCAGAGGAACAGAAGGAAGCCCUAAGAUUAGCUUUCGCUCUAGAUCCUUACCCGAACAUGCCUACGAUAGAAUUCUUAGCUGCAGAACUCGGUUUAUCCACAAGAACAAUAACGAAUUGGUUCCACAACCAUCGCAUGCGGCUGAAGCAGCAAGCUCCCCAUGGACUGCCCGCGGAGCCUCCAGCUCGCGACCAAUCUUCUGCGCCAUUCGAGCCAGUACAAUUCAGACUAUUGCUCAAUCAGCGACUGCUCGAACUCCAGAAAGAGAGGAUGGGUCUCGCCGGAGUACCUUUGCCGUAUCCGCCAUAUUUCGCGGCGAAUACUAAUCUCGCAGCUCUGAUCAGUCGGGGCCUCGUCCCGCCCGACGACCAAGUGAAGGACCAAAGCGGAGGCCUCGACCUAUCGAUGCCGCUGAAACGGGAACCGGACGGCGACGACUUCGAGGACGACGACGUCGAGAGCAACCUCGGCUCGGACGACUCGCUCGACGACGGGGAAUCUAAGACUGAACCGAAGGCGACGUCCACGCCGGCCGCCCGCUCGAGCCGGCGGAAACCGGCCGCGCCGCAGUGGGUGAACCCCGACUGGCAGGACGAGAAGCCGCGGAACCCCGACGAGGUGAUCAUCAACGGCGUGUGCGUGAUGAGGAGCGACGACUUCAGAAGGGAGACCGAGGAGACCGUGCGGGUGGAGCCGGCGCCCGUCGCGCGGGACUCGUCGCCGGCGGCCUCCCCGCCCCCGCGCACCCCGCACACCCCUCACACGCCCCACACGCCGCACACCCCGCACACCCCUCACACCCCUCACACGCCGCACACGCCACGGCCGCCCCACACGCCGCCCGAAGACGUCCUCCCGGAGGACAAAAUCAAAACAGAAAAUGACGACGACAGGUGGGAAUAUUAGACUUUAAUGUGAUUUGGACGUUGUAGUGUGUUCGAGACGGGUCGUAGCGGGUGCACCAUAUCACGUGGAACGUUAUUUAUUAUUAGUUAGGUCUGCGAGCCCAUCGAAUGGGCCGGCGUGUCGACUGUACCCCGUGUAGAGAAUGUUCAGUGCAAAUACUAAAGUGUAGUUAUAUGUGUUUUGUUAUAUUUCGAUUGUAAGGCCAAAGACUUUGUACAUAGACCUUAUUGUUCUCGUAAUAUGCCAGGCAUACGUCCUUACGUAGGACGAGAAAACCUUACGAUACAAAAAUAUGCAUUUUGCUUUAAUUUUUUUUUUAUUAUUCUAAUCGUAGUGGACGUACCACGUGGUCGGGUACAAAUGUCUAAGUAUUGUUAAGUUACGGCUUACUUUAUAAAUUAGAUUAUUGUAAAUAAACAUACCAAAUACGUGAGUGAUGUCGCGAGGCAGGCGCUGUAUACAAAUAGGUUAGAGCGCGGCUAGCCGUAAGACGUCGCCCAUAACUUAUAUAUAGUGAUGUUCAUUUAAUUGUUAAUGAAAUUUUAAAGUGCAAUCUGAUGUAAAUUUUAGGUAUGAUACUGAGCCCAGUUGAAAAGUAUUAUUAUGUUUAUAUGAACCGUAGAGGUUUUAAAUAUUAUUAUAAUUGGAUUAUAUAAGUUGUACAAUUAAAUUAUUAAUGUUUAUUUUAUACUACUGUAUGUUUUUUAUGUGUAUAUUAUAGUGUCGCUCAUUAGACACCGCUCAAUGCUCGCCACCAUCAAACAUUACGUACUCCGUUAAAUUAAAAAUAUUUUUAUCUCAUUUUAUUUCUUUUUUUAUAUAUUUCUAUAGAACGUACAAAUUUAGAAGCAAAUGCGAGACGUCUACGAUUAAGCAAAUAUUGUAUUGCUUAGUUAUAAUUUUAUUUUAUUUUAGCAAUAAAUUUGCUUUUAAUCUAUUUUCAGUUUUUUUCUUUUUAUCAUUUCUUAUCGUUUCACCUUUAUAAUUCCCAGUUUUUAGUGGUAUUAAGUGACAAUGUAUAUUAAAAGGAACCGUACUCCUUGCAUCACCGUGUAUAUAGUUACAUUCAGUUGUUAGUGUAUAUAAUAAUGAAAUUGCCACAUCUAGCAAUUAAUAUAGUUAAGUAGUUAAAUAGGCCCAAAAUUCGAAUUCUUACAAGGGUAAAACAUUAUUCAGAAUUAUCGUCAUUCUAAAUUGUAUCAGAAACAAUGUAAACGAAAUUAAACUAUCGUAAAUAGGUUUAGGCGUAACUUUUUCAAGAGGCACUAAA